AGCCACGCCCUACGAUCUGCAGGUCACUUUUCAGCCUCGCGAAUCAAAUUUCAUGGACGUUUUCUCAUUUCAGCAACCCUUGACUCAUCAGGUGUCUAGCCUACUGCUUGGUCAAGUUGCAGCUUUGUUGGUCAGUCCUCAGUAAGUUUGCCUGUGAACGGUUCCGUCUGAUCAGCCCCCCCUUCCCCACCCGAAAUCAAAGUCGACUCCCGACCGUCUUGCCCAAUUCUACUAGUGACGUUGUGGCUCAACUGGUUCACACGAUCCCUUGGGUGGUUUGAACCCCUCCCUGACUGCCUCAACAAACCCUACCUAAACCCCUUUCCCUUCCCUUCCCCCCACCGUCGGCACUCUUGCCGUCCCCCCUGUUCACCACGCCUCGCCUCACGCGGAAGAGAAAGGCGGCUGAGGCGGCGAUUGCGGACAACGACCAGUCUUCCCCCAAAGCCGCCACCCAGGCUACCAACACCGGAAACGCCACUGCCACUGCUGCUACCGCUGCUGCUACGUCUGACCCCAAGGCACUCUCCAAGCAGGUUUCUUCCGUGACGGUGACUUCUCAGGAUACCGAGAGGGGUAGCUCAACUAGUUCUGCUAGCUUGAAUCGCAAGAAGAGUCGUAUUGCGACACCAGCGACAACGACGGGCAGUAUGGACUCGGAUGAUGAUUUUAUGAGCGAUGUGUCGAGCGCGGAGGAUUUUCUCGAUACGCAGGGGAGUGAGGAUGAGAGUUUAGGUGAAGAUUUCAGCGAUUUAGACACUGGUUUCUCCGACGAUAAAGAUCUCCUCAAGCAAAAGCGCAAACCAUAUGAGGUCAAGUUUAAGGUCUUGGCCCCUCCCGAUAUCGAAUAUGAACAGCUUGUGCAAGUCAACGAGGUUUCCGCCAUCCUCGGCUUGCCACCAGAGUCGGCGGCUAUCCUGCUCCGGUUUGCCCGGUGGAAAAAGGAAAAGCUGAUCGAGGGGUACAUGGAGAAUGAGGAUAAGACGCUUGAAGAUGCUGGCUUGGGAAAAAGUGCACAGGGCUCGGCCAAGACGGAGGUCAUCCCUGGAUUCAUGUGUGACAUCUGCUGUGAUGAUGGGGAUAAUUUAGAGAGCUAUGCGAUGCGUUGUGGGCAUCGCUUCUGCGUGAAUUGUUAUCGGCACUACUUGGCUCAGAAGAUCAAGGAAGAAGGCGAGGCCGCGAGGAUUCAGUGCCCUGGUGAAAAGUGUCAUCGCAUUGUGGACUCGAAGUCUUUAGAUCUGUUGGUUACCGAAGACUUGCGGGAACGGUACCGUACGCUUCUUACCAGGACCUACGUGGAUGACAAGGAUAACCUACGAUGGUGCCCGGCCCCCGAAUGCGUGUAUGCGGUCGACUGCGCCGUCAAGGCUCGGGAUCUUCGCCGCAUCGUCCCAACGGUGCGAUGCCGUUGUGGACACGAGUUCUGCUUCGGCUGUUCCCUCAACGAUCAUCAGCCCACCCCGUGCACACUGGUCAAGAUGUGGUUACAAAAGUGUGAGGAUGACUCGGAGACCGCCAACUGGAUAUCUGCCAAUACCAAGGAAUGCCCCAAGUGCCAGUCCACGAUCGAAAAGAACGGCGGUUGUAACCACAUGACAUGCCGCAAGUGUAAGCACGAGUUCUGCUGGAUGUGCAUGGGUCUGUGGUCCGAGCACGGUACCAGCUGGUAUAACUGCAACCGAUAUGAGGAGAAAUCUGGAUCGGAAGCCCGCGGUGCACAGGCCAAAUCUCGUGCCUCGUUGGAACGCUACCUGCAUUACUACAACCGGUAUGCAAACCACGAGCAAUCCGCCAAACUGGACAAGGAUCUGUAUCUCAAGACCGAGAAGAAGAUGACCAGUCUGCAAUCCGCGUCCGGUAUGUCCUGGAUUGAAGUGCAGUUCCUGGACACCGCCUCGCAGGCUCUUCAACAGUGCCGUCAGACGCUGAAGUGGACGUACGCAUUCGCAUUCUAUCUGGCGCGGAACAACCUCACCGAGAUUUUCGAGGAUAAUCAGAAGGACUUGGAGAUGGCGGUUGAGAGUCUGAGUGAAAUGUUUGAGAAGCCCGUGGCUGAACUGGCCGAGCUCAAGGUGGUUAUUCUUGAUAAGACCACCUACUGCAAUAAGCGGCGGGUCAUUUUGUUGAGUGAUACGGCUGAGAACUUGAAAAACGGAGAAUGGUCGUUCAAUAUCGACUGGUGAGAAAUCGCCAAUCGAUUUUUCAAUGUACGGAACACAACGACAUGACUGCAUAUGCAGAUGACAUUUCUUGACGACGUGAACGAUCCAAUCCACCUUUCUUCAUCUCUCCCCAUUUCCUUACCUCCUGCGCCGAUGCCCAUCUCCCAGGCUACCUCACCUUCCCUUAUUGUCCCCGACUCCAAGGCCAACUAUCUAUUCCACAGUGCAUCAUGAAAUACAGGUGGAAGAGGGGGACUGGGCCCACUUGUUUCUCUGUAACUUAGAAUGAUAGUCUCGACAUCGCACUCCACCCCUCGGUUUUUAUUUUCCUCCCCUUCUCUCAUGGAAAAACCAUGCGGCGGCGCAGUGGAGUUGGAUUCCAUUCUUGUUGGUUUUUUUCCCCAUGGUCAGAUUACUAUCCUCGUUUCUCCAUCUUUCUUCACUUCCAUAGCCAGUUAGCGAAUCUUGAUGUAGGUCAGAUCAUCUGCAUUGUAAAAGCUUUGCUUUCGUAGCUAGUCUACCUUCUCGGGCAAGAUUCCCCCGGGUCCCGAUUCCUUGCUGCUAUUUCCUAGCCACUUGC